UGUUCUAUUUCUCUAUUUAAUUUAUUAGUCUCUGCCUCUACAUUUAAUUGUUACAAUUCUUCUGUGAGCUAGGGGGUUUGAGUAAGAAGAUAUGGACAAGAUAAGUGGGUUUUCUGAUGAUGAAUUGCUCGUGAAGAUCUUAUCGUUUCUUCCAACAAAAGAUGCGGUAAGCACGAGUACUUUGUCGAAGCGAUGGAAGUUUCUUUGGAUGCGGGUGCCAAAACUUGAGUACGAUGAAAAGAGCAUUUAUCCUAAAGAAUUUUACUGUCAAUAUAUGUUCAUAGAGGGGGUUGACAGAAGAAAAAGAAUUAUAGCGUCGGGAAAAAGCCAGAGGAUGCGGCGUUUUAUUGACAGGAAUCUGCCAUUACAUAUCUCUCCGCUCGUAGAGAGCUUUCGUCUCGUGCUUUUCACUGAGGUAUUUCAACCUCAAGAUAUCAAACUGUGGGUUGAAAUUGCAAUUUCUCGAUGUGUUGAGGAGCUAAGCGUUACUUUUACUCGUUUCAAGGGAAAACCUAAUGCAUUACUGCCGAGUAGCUUGUAUACUUGCAAAUCACUUGUGACAUUGAAACUAAAAAAGAACAUUCUCGUGGAUGUUCCUCAUGUUUUUUGCCUCCCUUCCUUGAAAACUUUGCACCUUGAACGUGUGACAUACGCAGAUGAAGAAUCUCUUCAACGGCUUUUAACCAAUUGCUCUGUUUUGGAAGAUCUGGUUGUGGAACGACACCAAGGUGACAAUGUGAGAAAGUUUUCCGUUAUCAUCCCGACAUUGCUUAGUUUAUCCUUUACGGUUUGGUCUGGAUGUUCUUCUGAUGGGUAUAUGAUAGAUACUCCUUCUUUGAAGUAUUUCAAAUAUAAACAUUUAAGUAAGAGUACAUGUUUGAUAGUGAAGAAUAUGCCUAAGCUGGAGGAGGCACAAAUCUUCACUGCUGGUCACAAUAUCAAGAAGCUUCUCCAAUCUCUCACAUCUGUCAAGCUUCUUUCAUUGUUGGUAGCAGAAGACAACACUGCAGAGACUGUAUAUGGUGAUGAUGUUGUCUUUAAUAAGCUUGAGCAUCUGAAUUUUGGUAUACGAAACACAUUUUGGUCCAAGUUACUAUUCUGGUUGCUCAAUGCUUCUCCCAAACUAAGAGACUUCAAGUUCAGUGAUCAAUAUUCAAGGGUAACUAUGGAUACACUGGUUUGGUGGAACCAACUGAGUAGUGUUCCUCAAUGUUUGUUGUCGAGUCUACAAACUUUCGAGUGGUCAGGUGAUUUCUUUUUAUCCGUACAAGGGAAAGAUGUUGCGAAAUAUAUCUUGAGAAAUUCUUGCUUCUUGAAGACUGCAACAAUCACGCUCGGACCAGGGUUGGAUCCACAAAAGCAUCUUGACUUGGAGUUGGAGACGGAGAUAAGACUUUCUUCCCCUAGUUCACCCACAUGCAACCUCGUAUUCAAUCAACACUGGGACUGGGGAUGGGAAUUUUGGAUUUGAUCUACUAAAGUUUUUGUUGCAUUUGAUUUAGAUGAUUUUAUCGAGGAA